AAGUGUCUGGACUGGAAGGGGGGAAAGUGUCCGGACAGGAAGGGGGUAAAAGUGUCCGGACUGGAAGGGGGGAAAGUGGGACUGGAAGGGGGUGAAAGUGUCCGGACUGGAAGGGGGGGAAAGUGUCCGGACUGGAAGGGGGCGAAAGUGUCCGUGUGGCAGGCGCAGCACCCUUUGUCCGGACUGGAAGGGGGUGAAAGUGUCCGGACUGGAAGAGGGGUGAAAGUGUCCGGACUGGAAGGGAGGGAAAGUGUCCGGACUGGAAGGGAGGGAAAGUGUCCGGACUGGAAGGGAGGGAAAGUGUCCGGACUGGAAGGGGGGGAAAGUGUGUCGGACAGGAAGGGGGUGAAAGUGUCUGGACUGGAAGGGGGGGAAAGUGUCCGGACUGGAAGGGAGGGAAAGUGUCCGGACUGGAAGGGGGGGAAAGUAUCCGGACAGGAAGGGAGUGAAAGUGUCCGGACUGAAGGGGGUGAAAGUGUCCGGACUGGAAGGGGGUGAAAGUGUCCGGACUGGAAGGGGGGGAAAGUGUCCGGAUUGGAAGUGG